GUGUGUCUAUUCCACUAGUGGCAACAGAGGAGCUUUUGCACUCAUGAGCAGCUGCCUGUUUGCUUCAACUUAGUGGAUUUAUCUUCUCCAGCCACAAAAAAUCAUCAGAAUGUCCAACAUGUCAAACAUGGGCGAAGAUUUGUACAACUACAUCCUUUCAGAACUUGAGUUCUCCGUUCCCUGUACCAGUAACCUUGUUGCAGUAAACGGCACUGGGGUUGUGAUUGGCUACAUCGUUGUGUUCUUCCUUGGUCUCAUGGGGAAUAGUGUGGUGAUGUUUGCUGUGUGCACCAUGAAGAAGCACAGAACAUCUACUGACGUCUACCUGAUGCACCUGGCAAUUGCUGACCUGCUGUUCUCACUCACACUGCCCUUCUGGGCCGUCUACAUCAACGAAUCGUCUUGGGUUUUCGGCACUUUUCUGUGCAAGUUGCUCUCGGGUGUCCAGGAAGCGGCGUUCUACAGCUGCGUCUUCCUGCUGGCAUGCAUUAGCAUCGACCGCUACGUGGCCAUCGUCAAAGCCACUCAAUUCCUCUCAAAGCAGCACCAUGUAGUGAGGUUAGUCUGUGGCUUGGUAUGGCUAGGGGCCACUAUGCUGUCCAUUCCCGUCGUGGUGCAGCGAGAAGCACUGAGUAUAAAUAACAGUGAAGUACUGCAUUGCUAUGAGAACGUUACGGCGGAGAAGAUGGACGAUUGGCGUUUGGGAUUGCGAGUCCUCCGUCACGUCCUUGGCUUUUUUUUUCCUCUUACAGUCAUGAUGGUCUGCUACGGCUGCACAGUUGGAACCCUCUUUCGUUCACGUAACAGCCAAAAACACAAAGCAAUGAGAGUGAUCUUGUGUGUGGUGCUGGCUUUUGUCAUCUGCUGGCUACCUAAUAAUGUGGCUGUGCUUGUGGACACGCUGAUGCGAGGUGGGCUUGUCAAAGACACAUGCCACAGUCGAGAUAAUCUGGAGGUGGCCAUGUAUAUCACCCAGGCUUUGGCCUUUAUGCACUGCGCCAUCAAUCCGAUCCUCUAUGCCUUUGUGGGCAAGAAGUUCAGGAACCAUCUGCUGGCUUUGCUCUCGAAAAAGGGACUUGUGACCAGGGAACUGUUCAUUCGCUACCGAGCUGGAUCAGUCUACAGUUCAGGCAGCACCAGACACACUUCUGUGACACUGUAGAGCUUCCAUUAACCUUUAUGCCUUUUUUUUUUUUAAGAUCUGUGCUAAAAGGUGGAAGAUUUCCAAUAUGAAAUAUUAUGUGCUCACCUCAAUCAGGACUUUCUUCAGAUCACAGACAACAUAAAUUCAUAUAUGAAAAUAUGGGCAUCAUGGAGUCCCUAUGUGUAAAUAAGAGCAACUCUGUGUGGGCCGUAAAGACCAUAAAUGGGAAAGUGGGUCGGUCUUUGAGUCCAAAAAUAGUUUAAGUAAGGAAGUUAAGUAGUUAAGUAGUUAUGACAUUAUAGCCAUUCAUGCUCUUGUAUUUUCACAUAAUUUAAGAUACCUUGGCAUACCUUGAGAGGACGUAAUAUUCGCAAUUAUUCUUAAUCUCACUGCUAACACUGCAUCUAUAACAUCUAAAUUUAUAUUCAUAAAUGUUCCUGAUCUAUACUGCUAACUGUAUUUAGUUUGCUAACAUGAUCAAACCUGACAGGAUUUUGAGAGGAUUUUUCAGGCAUAAAUGUUCGUAAUCUACACUGCUAACAGUACUUAGCUUGCUAACUUGACAGGAUUUCUGAAAACAAUUUUCAGUCAUAUUCAUUAAUCUGUAAUAUAUGUUCAUAGUCUAUAUGCUAAUGGUAGCUAGCUAGCUGACAAACCUGGCAGGAUUUUUGAGAGUUUUUUGUUAAAGUCAUUAUUCAUAUUCUUCAUCUGUACAGCUAACAAUAGUUAGCUAGCUAAUGUGAACAAAUUGGAUGGGAUUUCUGAGUGGAUUUUUAAGCCAUAUUCAUUAAUGUUCAUAUCAGGUCAUAUUUAGAAUUGUUCAGAACCUUCACUGCUAACUCUAUCCUAUGGACUAAACCAACAUAAAUAGAUAUCUAAGAGGUCUCACCUGACUGAGUGCAAUUAUAAAAACUAAUUCUGAUUGUGGAAUGUCUACCCAGAAAUAUUUGAAUAUAUUAAUUCAUAUAUGAACUGCAUAUAUAUACUUGCCGGUCUGCAGACAGAUCUUCCUGGUUCAGCUUGAUUUCUUGAUUUUUGAAGUUCCUCUAUCUAACAUAUCUUGAUGAUUUUUUUUAGUUCCUUUCAGACCCUCUUGGUUAACACCAACCAAAAGGGCGAUGUUAACGGCUGUUCCAUGAACUCACUUUUUAAAAAUGUUUCACACUUAAACAACCACCUGUCAUCAGAAAGAUUUCUGAGAAAGGACUUUUUUAGACCCCGUUUAUCAGCAUUGUUUAUAUUACUAAUAAUUGGGAUAAAAAAAUAUAUAAGAUAAUGCAUUGUACAAGCCUAAGGUUCAAAUAGAGAGACAGGGGUAGAGUAUAAUAGUUUAUAAAGAUGACAAUAAGAAGUAAAAAGAGGAACCGAAAACAAAUAUUUGCAAAAGUACAUUUCUGAGAAGAAAAUACAUUUUCCGAUGUUCUUUCUUUCUUUCUUUCUUUCUAUCUUUCUUUCUUUCUUUCGCACUGACAAAAUAAAUGAUUUGAAUAUUAA